GUGUCAAGUUUAGCUCCUGCUGUGAUCAGUGCGCGAAUCUAAUAAAUUUAAUUCAAUUUCACAAAUUGCCAUCCAUCUCGCAAGGAUUUAAAGAGAAAUAGCCAAAACAUCGGUCAAUCAACAUGAAGUUCAGUGUUGCGUUUGCUUUGUUGGUGAUCGUCGGCUUUGUGGCCAGCGGUGAUGCAUUGCCUGCCAGAAAAAAUCGGCAAUACCUUGUUCCAGGAAUGGUGUACUACCAGCAGCCCGCUGCCGCUGAAUGGUACGGAGCUGGUCCCCAGCAGAGGAUCAUGUACAUGCAGUAUGUGCAGCCAGGACGCACUCAUGCCCGCUCCACUCAGGCGGCCAGCGCACUUGUGGCUGGUGAGACUGUUGCCACUGGCACAUAUCUGAAGGAUUGCGAUCACGCAGAGUCCGAUGUGGCACUCAGUGUUGAUGAAAUCAGCGCGGAGAGCGCCCAGGCUGAUGAUGCUCUGAGCGCUGCCGGUGCUCAUGGUGCCACCUCUGUUGCCGAGGCUUAUCCCGAAGAGGCGCCAGUCGUCCAGAUUGCCGUCGACACCAACAACGGUGCUGAGGAGGAAGCUGCCGUGGAGAGCGACGAUGCUGCCAAGGUGCCCCGUGAUUUCCACUUUGCCGCUGAGGAAGCUGCUGCCGCCGCUGCUGAAGAGGCCGCUGCAGUGCCAGCUGUUGAAGUCGCCGUUGCUGAGGAGGAAUUGCCUGCUCCAGCUCCCAUUGCACCAGUUGCCGCCGUUGUGCCUGCCAAGCGUUACCUGCCCGCCAAGAAGAAGGUUAUUGUUGAGCUGGACCAGUCUGCCGAAGAUGUCGAGGAGGCUCAUGUGGCUGCCAUUGAGGAUGAGGAGGCUGAGAACGCAGUUGCCGACGAUGUCGAAGAGGAUGAUGAGGAACUUGCCGAGCCCGUGGUCAAGCACCCAGCUCGCAUUCCCAACGCUCGCCGCCCUGCUGCCAAGAAGCCCGCUGCUCCCGCUGGCAAGCCAGUCAAGAAGCCCGCUCCUCUGCCCGCUGGCACAUUCUUCCCCAUUGACUUUGGAGGCACCAACGGUGGCGCCAUUGCCAUUGCCAACUCCUUCAGCACGGGCGAGGGUGGUGCUGCCACUUCCCAUGCCAUCGCUUACGGCUCCCCAGAUGCUGUACGCGCUCGCGUCCGUCCCAAUCCCAGCAAGCGUCGCCAUUAAGCCAUGAGUGCUCUCUGACUGAUGCUCGUUCCCAUUGCAACGCCAUGCCACUUUAAGAUUUACCACCAAUUCUUGCUCAUACAUCGCCAGGUGCAACAAUACCUUCAUUUCGAAGUCUGUAAACAAAGAGUUUUGUAAUUAUUAGUCGAAUUGUAAACUUUUUUGAACGCAAUAAACACAAUAAAAGUUCUUUCUGUUUUUAAA